CGUAUCCAACCCCAAGUUAAAAAUAAGAAAAGGUCCCCCUAAAAACUGGACACAUAAAAAACCUAACAACGUUUCUGCAAACGAGAGUUGAGCUUUCCUCCGGAUAAAUCAGUUGGGGAUGAGACGUAACUUUUAAAAUCAGUGUGGCACUUUAAAUCGGUUGUUACCCGGAAGGAAUGAGUGAAGGACAGAGUCGGGAGGGACGGUGUUUAUUGAUGUACUCGCGGUGCCAGGAAGGUGGACACGAGGGGGCUUUACCAUGGUUCUGGCUGCUGUCGCCUGCGCUAAGUCGGCGCGUGCUCUGAGGAAUGCUUUGCUCAUAAAGGGUCGAACUGGGCACGUGGCGGAGAAGGUGCGCGCGGCUAAUACCGGGGCAACGGCCCCCGGGCAUCAACAAUACUGCGUACAGCUUGUCAGAAAUCGAGAUUAUGAAGGUUUCCUUGCCUCUCUGCUGCUUCCUCCAGAGUCCCGCAGCUCAGUGUUUGCGUUAAGAGCUUUCAAUGCGGAGUUGGCUCAGGUGCAAGAUUUAGUAUCCCAGAAAACAAUAGGUCUGAUGAGGAUGCAGUUUUGGAGGCAACUGAUUGAAGAUAUUUACAGUGAUAACCCUCCUCACCAACCCAUUGCCAUAGAAUUGUGGAAGGCAGUAAGAAAGCACAAGCUGACGAAACGAUGGUUUCUGAGAAUUAUUGAUGAACGGGAGAAGAAUUUGAAUGAGAACGUCUAUAGAAAUAUCCAGGAGUUAGAAUCUUAUGCAGAGAACGCUCAGUCAUCAUUCAUCUACCUCGUAUUAGAAGUAUUAGGUGUAAAGGAUAUCCACGCGGAUCAUGCAGCCAGUCAUAUUGGGAAAGCUCAAGGAAUAGUGACAUGCCUACGUGCAACUCCUUAUCAUUGUAUGAGACGAAAAGUUUACCUUCCACUGGACAUCUGUUUACUGCAUGGCGUAUCGCAAGAAGAUUUUAUUCGAGGAAAUCGCAAAAAAAAUGUGAGGGAUGUGGUAUUUGAUGUAGCAAGUCAGGCGCAUGUUCACCUUGAACAUGCCAGAUCAUUCUGUAAAAAUGUCCCUUCAAAGGCCUGCCCAGCUUUUUUGCAAACGGUUGUUCUUGAUGACUAUUUGGACAGAAUUCGUAAAGCGGAUUUUGAUUUGUUUCAUCCUAGUCUGCAGAAGAGAAAUACAAUGCUUCCUUUCUACUUGUAUAUACGUUCUUGGAGGAAAAUCUACUAAUAUAAAAUCAGUUUUACAAUUGCAAAGUUCAACUGUGGUAGUCACUUUAAAAAUAAAUGUAAAUGUUCAAUUUUGGAGACUGAUGGUAUUGUAGAAUAGCCUGCUGUAUUUUUUAACCUCCAUGACCUGGCUCAAAUUCAGAUCAAACUGAUGGGAUGGAAACCACUUCUUGUGUCUUCCUAAUGGUCCCAUGUUAUGAUGUGGCAGAUGAUGUGUGCGAAGCUGACCAAGUCCACAAGGGAAAUUUGGUUGUGCUAUCACAACGAUUUUGCAAUUUGUACUUAUUAUGGUAAGAUGUGUGCACUGAAUUCAGAAGUAAUAAGUCCACCAAGACUUUUAUGAAUUUUAAAAAUUAAA